ACAACUGCUGCUCCUACGACCACGGCAACUCCACAACCUACUACGACAACCAGUGCAGCUCCUACUACAACAACUGCUGUUCUAACGACCACAGGGACUGCAGCACCUUCUACAAUAACUACAACUUCAGCUCCUACGACAACCACAACAACAGCACCUACUACAACACCUGCAGUUCCUACAACUGUAGCUCCCACGACCACUCCACCUGCUGUACUUACUACAACAAUCACAACUACAGCUCCUGAUACAACAACUUUAACUUCUACGUCAACCACAGCAGCUACCUCUACGACAACCACUGCAGCUCUAACUACAACAACUGCUGCUCCAACGACCACUACAACUCCAGAACCUAUCACGACAACCACUGCAGCUUCAGCUACAACAACUACAACUUCAGCUCCUACGACAACCACAACAAUAGCACCUACUACAACACCUGCAGUUCCUACAACUGUAGCUCCCACAACCACCUCACCUGCUGUACUUACUACAACAAUCACAACUACAUCUCCUGAUACAACAACUGAAAUUUCUACAUCAACCACAGCAGUUGCAUCUACGACAACCACUGCAGCUCUAACUACAACAACUGCUGCUCCAACGACCACUACAACUCCAGAACCUAUUACGACAACCACUGCAGCUUCUGCUACAACAACUUCAACUUCAGCUCCUACGACAACCACAACAACAGCACCUACAACAACUACAACCACUGCAGCCCUAACUACAACAGCUGCUGCUCCUACGACCACGGCAACUCCACAACCUACUACGACAACCAGUGCAGCUCCUACUACAACAACUGCUGUUCUAACGACCACAGGGACUGCAGCAACUUCUACAAUAACUACAACUUCAGCUCCUACGACAACCACAACAACAGCACCUACUACAACACCUGCAGUUCCUACAACUGUAGCUCCCACGACCACUCCACCUGCUGUACUUACUACAACAAUCACAACUACAGCUCCUGAUACAACAACUCUAUCUUCUACGUCAACCACAGCAGCUGCCUCUACGACAACCACUGCAGCUCUAACUACAACAACUGCUGCUCCAACGGCCACUACAACUCCAGAACCUAUUACGACAACCACUGCAGCUUCUGCUACAACAACUACAACUUCAGCUCCUACGACAACCACAACAACAGCACCUACA